GUCUCGACUCUAUUAUAUUUCCCCGUGGUUGCUUGUCUCUGUCGCAUUCAACUUCGCUCUCACUUUCUCUCUUGGUGUCUGCUGCUCCUGUCCAGCCCCGUCUCAUUCCGAAGCAGCGCAAGCCGAAGGGCCGUUCUUCCCUCGAUCCCUAUAUUGAUCCUGGAGACAGCAUAAAUAUCAGAUAUGAGGACGGACGAGAUAACUAAUGUUACUGAGUAUGAGGCACUUGCAAAGGAGAAAUUGCCGAAGAUGAUUUUUGAUUACUACGCAUCAGGGGCAGAGGACCAGUGGACUCUCAGGGAGAAUCGAUCUGCAUUCUCGAGGAUUCUGUUUCGACCACGUAUUCUUGUUGAUGUAAGCAAGAUAGACUUGGCGACAACAGUAUUGGGUUUCAAAAUAUCAAUGCCUAUUAUGAUUGCUCCUACAGCCAUGCAGAAGAUGGCUCACCCUGAAGGAGAAUACGCAACAGCUAGAGCAGCAUCAGCAGCAGGAACUAUCAUGACGCUAUCAUCAUGGGCUACUUCCAGUGUUGAGGAGGUUGCUUCAACUGGACCUGGCAUUCGGUUUUUCCAACUCUAUGUGUAUAAAGACAGGAGCAUAGUUGCACAGCUUGUAAAAAGAGCUGAAAGGGCUGGUUUCAAGGCAAUUGCCCUUACUGUGGACACUCCAGUUCUUGGCCGUAGGGAGGCUGAUAUUAAGAACAGAUUUACAUUGCCACCACAUCUGACACUGAAGAACUUUGAGGGAUUAAAUCUUGGGAAGCUAGAUAAGACUGAUAACUCUGGUUUAGCGUCUUAUGUUGCUGGCCAAGUUGACCGGUCUCUCAACUGGAAGGAUGUGAAGUGGCUCCAAACAAUUACGUCAUUACCAAUUCUAGUAAAGGGUGUGCUAACGGCCGAAGAUGCAAGGAUGGCCAUAGAAGUUGGAGCUGCUGGAAUCAUUGUAUCAAAUCAUGGUGCUCGGCAACUUGACUAUGUCCCUGCAACGAUCGUGGCUUUGGAAGAGGUUGUGAAGGCUGCACAAGGAAGAGUUCCUGUUUUCCUAGAUGGUGGGAUUCGCCGAGGGACAGACGUAUUCAAAGCAUUGGCUCUUGGAGCAUCUGGAGUAUUUAUUGGGAGGCCAGUGGUAUUCUCACUGGCUGCUGAUGGGGAAGCUGGAGUGAGAAAAGUACUUCAGAUGCUGCGGGAUGAGUUUGAACUCACUAUGGCAUUAAGUGGUUGCCGUUCCCUCAAGGAGAUCACUCGCAACUACAUUGUCACAGAGUGGGACCGUCCACGCAUUGCCCCUAGGAUAUGAGGUGAUGAACAGAAAGCCUCCUGAUAGAGAGAACCAUUCUAAUUAUGAGAGUUUCAGAGAACAUCCUUCAUAAGCAAGCAUGCAUGAGACAAUGAACCAUCUUAGACAAAUAAGAAUAAGUCCUUUAUUCGCUGCAUCUAAUAAAGUAGUAAAAAGUCCUUCGGACUCGAUGGCCUAAGAAAGAAAAAAAGUCCUUUGGACUGAUUUCUUUGCAACUUGCCGGUUGUCUUUCUGAUUCUGAAAGCCAGGGUUCAUUCGCUCGGUGGAUUGUUGUACUUGUAGAGUCUCAGACAUAAUUGCCUGAAAACACAAAGGCAGUAAUUCUGCGAUAUUAUAACUUCUUAUAUUGUUGAGAUUUUCACUCCCAUGGAAGCCUAGCUUGCACCAAGUUAUGAAUAGUCAGGGAUUUAAAGCUUA